ACAAGCCUCUUACUGAGAGGAAGUUUUGUUUUGACAGAUUGUCUGAUUCAUUCUGAUUGGAAUUUUGUUGUAAAUAUUUCCUAGUUCUACCUUAAAGUAAAACACAAAGAUACUUUAAGAUCUGUUUAAUCUUUCAGUUUUAUAUCUACCAGUGUAACUAUACAGGGGGAAAAUAUGGCUUUGAGGAUUGUGAAAUCCGGAUACCUGAAACGUUUCAGUAAGAGUAUGUUUUCUGGUGGCUGGAAGGAUGUUUGGGUUGUUUUGUAUGAUAACAGUGAUCUGUGUAUGUACAAUAGACAAGGUGACCUUGAAAUUAAAGCUAAAAUUCACAUGAAGGAUGUUUGUAAACGAUUUGCCUUUGGAGAACACACAAGUAGUUUCUCAGACAGACCUGAUCUUCCGAGAGGAGCGACUUAUGAACAAGUGUUGGCCAUCCCCAGUAAAAACAACAGCCAGGCUAAAGUGUUCUGGUUCCUGUGUCGGGACAACAAUGAUCUCCAUGAAUGGAUGAGUGCAAUUUGCCAAGUGCUCCCACAACCUGGUCAGCAGCAGCCCUCAGGAGGAAUGCCCCCAAGUAGCUCUACAGGAAGUAUGCCACAAAGUUAUAGUUCACCAUCAGCACCACCCCCCUACAGUGCGGCACCACCUGGGGGUCCAGGAGGGCCAGGGAUAGGAUUCGAUGGUUUGGCAGGAGGACCUGCACCCUACCCAACACAACCUGGUGGAUACCCCCAAGCCCCACCCCCACAGUCUUACAUGCCACCCCAAGGAUACCCUCAGCAGCCUCCCGCUGCAUACCCCCAACAGUCUUAUCAACAAUACCCCCAACAACCUUACCAACAACAACAUUAUCAACAAUAUCCACAACAGCCUUAUCAACAAUAUCCACAGCAACAAUAUCAACAGUAUCCUCAACAACAAUACCAACAACCAUAUGGUUAUGCACAACCAGGAUAUCAGCAGCAAUAUGUUGUUCAACCAAAGAAAAGUAAAAGUGGAGGAAUACUGGGUGGUAAUACAGGCAAAAUGGCUGCAGGUCUGAUAGGAGGAGCAGCCUUAGGAUACGGAGCCUCCAGAAUGAUGGGGCAUGGAUUUGGGGGACCGUUUGGGUGGGGCUUAGGUCGCCACGGAAGUUGGAGUUCUUUAAGUAGCUUUGGAAGUGUAGGAAGUUUUGGUAGCUUUGAUUAAACCUGAAAGAAUUAGUUUAUCAGAAAAAUUAAAACUGCGAUCAUUGAUACUCAAAUUUUUUUUUUUUUAAUUGUUCUCUGAAUUAAAUCUGAUAUUAAAUGCAUAUACAGUCAUGUACAUUUACUUCUAAUUGUCUGUGCUAAUGAUACAAUUCUAACUUUGUUUAACAUAUUAGUUAUGUUAAAGUUUCCUAGAUAGUUAUAUAUAGAACAAACAUCAAUAUUCAUAAUUGCCAUAUACAUGUAUCUCCUGGUGAAAAACAGUUACUGUAGUUAGAUAAUGUUGUUCUUUGACAAAAUUAUGAGAGUUUUGUGGUUCUUAGUCAUGAGACUUAUCUGCCCUUGUUUUUUGCAAUUUAUAUUGUUCAGUGUGUUUUUCUAAUGAACACUGUAAGAUAAAUAUGCAUAUCUCACCAUCUAUGAUACCAGUCCCUGAAAUUUGUGAUGAUUAUUGUGAAUUUAUUUUGUUUUUGAAAGGGACAUUUCAUUAUGUAAAUGUAAUUAGAUAAGUAUGCUCUACUGUAUGCUAUGUCAGAUUUAAUAUCUAGCAAAAUAUUGGUCUUUAUGACAUAUAUGGUCAAAAAAUAUUUACAGUGGAGCCUCAUUUAUCCGGAUGCUUUGGUUCCUAGUCAAUUUGUCUGGAUAUGUGAAGCGUCCGGAUAUCUGAAUCACCAGUUAAACAAGACAAUGUACGUAACAUUUAAAAAUUUCGUCCCGAUGAAAAAUCGU